AUGCCGAAAAUUAACAUUCCAGAAAUAUUCAACAAGGAUUUUUCUACUCCGAUCAUUCAGGGAAGAAUUUUGGCAAAGAAGGAUCCAAUAGCAUUGGGAACAGUGAAUGGCAAUGUAUUAUUGAGUCGAUUUUUAUUUCGGGAUUUGGAAAAAAGAUUUGGAAGUGUAAAGGCUUUGAACAUUACAUCAGACAGUGAAUAUUCGGACAAAGUAUUUGAUGAAUUCAAUACUGUUGAAAUAUUGAAUAAUGACCAUGAUAGAAAAAGAGAGGAUGUGGUUGAUACAUUAACGUGCCUUUCACGAUCGGAAUAUGAAAUUUUAAUUUCUAAAUUUGUAAAAUUGCAAUAUUUACUUCAGAAGGAACCAAAUUUAUUGCGAUACGCAAAAAACUCUGAAUUCAAUAAUAAUGGAAGAAUGGAUGGUAGUGAAUCAAAAAACACCUUGGAACAAUCACAUUCAAAUGUACAACACGAUCAAGUUAAUGGAGACACUCGACAAUCUUCUAUAGAAACCAAACACGAUAUUUCAAAAAGAAUUAUUGAAUUUAUUGAUCAAAAAAUUGAAGAAGCCUUUAUUGACUCAAUGGGGGAAUAUUAUUUACUGGAUGAUCAUCAAAUUGAUCGAUUGUGGCGAUUUCCUCUGCUUGAACUGUUAUUGGUCGGCUCCUUCUCGAACUUUAAGGUAGCAGGGAAUGCAUUUUCUAUGAUUGAUGAACUCGUUCCUUCUCUGCCAUUUGAGCUCAAUUUUGAUAAAGAUGACGAUGAGACGGACCCCAAAUUAAUAUCUUCCGCAAUAAUCUCAACAGCUAAGAAAAUGAGUCGUGAGCCUAUUUAUGUCACUCCUCCUUUCGAACGAGAGAAUUGGGGUUGGCAAAUUGAGGAUGAACAAGCCAAUAAAUCGAAAAAGGAUUGA